GUACGCGAACAGUGGAUAUAAAAGUAGACAAAUUUCAUUUUACAGGAUUUAUUUAAACCGCACCAGGAUCAAGAUCAUAACACUGGUUUUGAAACAGUUGUUAGAGAUAUUAACAGUUAACAUGAAGUUGUUUUUUCUACUUUCAUUUGGAUACUGCCUCCAUAUAACGAGAGCAUUUUUACCCUCUAAAGAGAGUACAAGCGGACGACCAGAUUACACCCACGCCAGCAUCACACAGGCCGGUAUCUACUAUGCUGUUGCAGACGUUAUAGCUGACGUCAUCGAUCCAGGAAAAUACAACUCGUCUGAUCCAGACGGCACCAUAGCAAAAUACUUCGACAACGAUGGACUUGUUCAUUUUGCAAAAACGGUUGUGGAUAUUGUUAAUAAGAACAACAUGGCGCAGAGAAAUUAUAUGGACGAGGCCUCAAGGACGAUGAAUUGCGAACAGAUUGUUGCUGGUCACUUACUUCUGCAAUCUCUAAGGGAAAACAUUAUUCAUCAAGGACAAACAGCUAAUCCUAACUGGGAUGCUAUCAGAGAUCUGAUUGGACAAUAUCUCUUUACACUGCAAGAGUUCUACAGCAACACAAACUGGGUAGAAAUGUUUGGAGAUCGAGUGUGUGAAGAAUUAGGUAUUUCAGGCCAAUCUCUUCCUCUAAAGGUAUCUGACCCCAGUAUGGUAGCAUGUGUGAAUUGUAACUACUCCAAGGAAGCAGUUAAGGACUUUUCUUGCGUUGACAACAUGCGGUCAGAUGGUCAGCUUCUAACAAGUGGCUACACAAGCUACCAGCACAUCAACAAACCGAUAGGUAAUUUUCCUUCCGGUAUGGGGAAAUGCAGUCAUGGAGGUCCAAACGAUAUGAGUAAAGAUAUCCCAGCAACAGGGGGAAUAAACAAGGAAACAUCAAGUCCUGAGUUAUCUCCCCAUUUUGACCUACAUCAACAGGCGGGCCAGGCAGCCAUUCGAGCUACCUAUGAUUUUUUCAUUGGAAAUGGUACUGGACUGCUUUCGAUUUUUGGAGUCGACAAAUUUAAAGAAAUGCUAGGGAUGGCAUACAAAAACCCAUGUUACAAUUGUUUGGCUCAAGGACUCUCUGUGGUCUUUGUGAUAGACGAUACAGGGUCUAUGAGUGGAGAGAUAAGAGAAGCAACUCAGCAUAGCAUAGAUAUCGUUAAUCAAGCAUCUCUUCUUGGAUCAAGUGGACCAUCCAACUUCAUACUUUCCACAUUUAAUGAUCCAAAUACAACCCUCCGCGUUACAACCGAUGGAUCGGAGAUGAAGCAAUGGCUACAUGGAAUGGUGGCUCAUGGUGGUGGUGACUGUCCAGAAAUGGCAUUGGCGGGACUCGUGAAUGCUCUGAAGGCAGCAAAUCCUGGAUCAUGUGUAUUUUUCUUCACUGAUGCCGACGCAAAAGAUCCAGAGAGGGAGAGAGAAGUAAUACAUUUAAUCAACAGCAAACAUAUAAAACUUGUGUACUUUCUGAGAGGCGACUGUGGCGGGCGUAGACGUCGGUCUGCCUUUAGUGUUCCCGAUAGUGUCCAAUGUAUUCCGAAUAACAACAAAAGGACGACAGGACGGGUUCGUCGGAGUCUUGCAGGACUGGAUCUAUUUGACAAAAUAGCAUCUGCAACAGGAGGACAAAUUGUUCAUACGUCAUCCAUGUCUCUUGGGAGUAUUCUUGGAUCAUUUGUUGAGAAAAACAUGGGAGUAUCGACAUUGGAGGUGAUAUCUUUUGAAUCCAAACCUGGAUCUGUACACACGAUUAAUGGAGAUUCGGAACUGUCAUUGAUGACAUUAAAAAUAGAGGGACUCUCAAAUGCUUCCAAUUUAGAAUUGGAUCGACCUGACGGCUCAGUGCAGCAUUUAGCCGGUAGUUCAAUAGAUGUUAUCGGAAGCAAAACAGUGCUUUCCAUUCCAAACCCAACUUCAGGAAAGUGGACACUUCAUAACAAUGAAGCAAACACGUGGAAAGUGAAAGUAGGCGGAAGCGGGAAAAUUGAUUUCACUUACAAGUUUAUGGAAAACAUAAUGGGUUUCAAGUAUCCCAUUACUGGAACAAGUCCUAUAACAGGUACAAAGGUGGUCAUAAGUGUAAGCAUCACGGGAAUGCCAUCAACAGCUCGUGUAACUAACAUCAUCCUUAGGAAACCAACAGGAACUAUUCUCAGCAUACUCCCUGUGACGGACAAUUCAAAAACCUCACAAAGAGACAUAUAUGCAUAUUAUGACAUCACAUCAGAGGAGUUUUAUGUAAGCAUUAAUGGAAGUAUAAACUCGGACACAUUCAACCGAGAGAAACUAGACAGUCAAUCAGACUUAUCAGUGACAAUCUGUCCCUACAACACUGGAUCUUUUCAGACCUUGUCUGUCGGAGCCCAUAAAAGCCAGGAAAAAGAAAUCAUACUUACAGCUCCGAAUCUGACAAUAGCUUUACAAACGAUCACAAGAACGCUCACGGUGACAGAGUUACCACCCCCUGAAAUCACCCAGAUCAACCGUUCCGCUGAUUGUCUAGAGGAAAUGAUGAAUUACCUCAACUGCUCACAACAAACCUGGGCUGUUGUCCUAAAUGUAGAAUUCAAGGCCAAAAUGAGCGAGCUAUAUGUAACACCAAGUGACAUCCAAUUUAUAUCAAGAAAGAAAGCAGCGACUUCGUCGACCUACGUUGCAACCUUAAGAGGAAACUGCUGUUCCUAUGUAUCAAAAUUGACAGCCGUAGACAAGCAGGGUAAUAUGAAAACGGAAUUCAUCGACCUCUCAGGUGGACAUUUCUUUAACACUACAGUUGAAAACAUCGAUCUCCUUCAAAAGCCCCCUGUAUCUGGAAAGAUAAAUGUGUCAAACAAAUCCGAGCUAGACUACACUGUGAUUUUGGAACUGAUUGGUGCCGGGACAGCUUGUUUAAUUGUUGUUGUUGUCAUAGUAAUGGUUGCCGUACGUAUAAAACUAAAAGAAAAGAGAGCAAUGAAAAGUAAACAAAGAAGGAGCAACAAGAAAUCCCUGAAACAAAUAGAGAGAAGUCACAGACAGCAUGCAAUGAACUUUUAUGCAACUUUUGUUCGCUUUUCUGUACUAUACUUAGGAGGCAAUUACGAAAUGGAAAAUUUUGUCCAAACGGUCAAAGAUAUCGUUGAUGAAAACAAUUUGGCCCAAAAGACCUACAUGAGCGAUGCAGUCAGAACAAUGAAUUGUGAACAAAUCACUGCGGGGGCAUUCCCAUCUGGUAUGGGUAAAUGUAGUCACGGAGGCCCAUUCGAUAAUAGUAAAGCGAUCCCAGGCACUGGUGGCAUAAACAAGGAGACAUCAAGUCCUGAAUUAUCUCCUCAUUUUUAUCUCCAUCAACAGGCAGGCGAAGCCGCAACACAGGCUACCAUUGACUUUCUAGUUGAACAAGACACUGGGCUUUUAUCCGUCCUCGGGCUAGACAAAUUCAGAGAACUGAUGGGCAUGAAUUACAAAACUCCAUGCUACUCUUGCCUAGCUUCUGGACUCUCUGUUGUGUUUCACGAUCCUGGUUGUGCAAACACAAUUGUAAGACGCACCAACAAUGGAACAGAUUUGAAGCAAUGGUUGCUUGCAAAAAGUGCUCUUAGGGGAGACAUCAGCUGUUAUAAUAUAACCCUGGAAGGCUUUGUUAAAGAGCGGAAUAGACGAGGCCUUGCAGGCUUAGAUUUGUUUGAAAAAAUAGCUUCCGCAACUGGUGGAAAAAUUGUACAUACGUCAUCAUCUUCACUUGGGAGCAUCUUGGGAGCUUUUGUUACGAAGAACAUGGGUGUAAGCUCUUUAGAAGUGACGUCAUUUGAAAUGUCGUCUGGUUCCGUGCACACAGUAGCCGUGGAUACGGAUUUAUCACUAAUGACGGUCCGGAUAGAAGGGUUAUCGUCUGCCUCAGACGUCGAACUUGAUCGUCCAAGCGGAACUCAACAAAUAUUUUCGGGCAACUCGUCUGUUGACGUGAUAGGGAGCACAACUGUUAUAUCAGUCAAGAAUCCUCCCCCGGGAAAGUGGAAACUGCACAACAAUGGAGCUGGCACAUGGAAAGUGAAAGUUGGCGGAAGUGGAAAUAUAGAUUUUACAUACAAAUUUAUGGAAGAUGUACAUGGAAUACAGUACCCUAUAAGUGGAACGAGUCCAAUUACUGGAUCCAAAAUAACCAUCAGUGUAACAGUGACCGGCUUACCUGCAGCAGCACGUGUUACCAAUAUUAUACUAAAGAAACCAGACGGCGCCGUUCUUGACGUACUUCCGGUCAAGGAUACAUACAGUGGCACCAGUCGAGUUCUAUAUGCCAGUUAUAUCGUUACAUCUGAGGAGUUUUUUAUCAGCAUCAACGGUAGUUUGAAUUCUCAUAUAUUUACUCGCGAGAAAUCAGACAUUAUCACUCCCGUCACUGGCAGUAUACAGUUCUCAUCAAAACCAGAAAAACUAGUCCUUGGAAAAUCAACUGUUGUGAAGGUAAACAUAUCAAACACAGGAAGUACAAGUCAAUCCUUUAGUGUGAGUGCUUCUUCCGUCCCUCCUGGAUUUGUAUCCAGCUACCUCCACAGUGUGGCAGUAGGUGCUCACAGCAGUCAAGAAAUAAACAUUAGGUUGACAGGCUCAUCAGAUACAUUAGCGCUAUUGACCGUAAAGCUAAAUAUUGGAUCAACAACACUUCAAACAAUUAAAAGGACUCUUGAGGUUACUAAGAUAGAACCGCCACAAAUCAUGGAGAUUAACAAGACAGACGACUGCAAACAGAACAUGAUGAAUUACUAUAACUGUACAAAGCAAAAGUGGACAACUGUUCUUGAUAUUAAAUUUAAAGUCAACAUGAGCAAACUUUAUGCGACACCCAGUAAUGUUAAUUUUUCUUAUAUCAACAAUACUCCAACUUCCUAUAUAGCUACAUUAAGCGGAACAUGUUGUUCAUACCUUACACGAGUGACUGCUAUAGAUGUACGAGGCAAUAUGAAAAGCAAAUCCUUCGAUUUCUCUGGCGGAAAUAUCUUUAAUACCACGGUCGAUAACUUCGAACUUCUUGUGAAACCAAGCCCAUCCUUUGAAAAGAAAGAGUUACCUACUGGAGCGGAUAAAACUCUGCUUUAUGGUUUGAUUGGUGGAGGUGUUGCGGGCCUCUGCGUAAUCGCACUGGUCAUUGCAGCUCUAAUUUACGUCAAUAAAUCACCUCAGCCUGCCAUAGAAGAUUCCUUGUCAUCCGUAUGUUUUGAUGCUCCAUUGAAACAUGUUGAACACAACAGCAGAUUAAAAUUUGUUUCCAAAACACGUGGAAAAUGA